ACGUUUUCUCUGCGGUGAUGCUGGCCGCUCUGCUUCUCUGCGCUUCCGGCGCUCCGAUUGAAGACGGAAGUGUGGCAGGUGACUUCUCAGGUGAGGAGACGGAGGAGGCGGAGAUGUCCACUGUCAAGCCUUUUAAUAUAUGGAGGUCACUCUUUGACUCAGCUCAAGAAUACGAGAAAGCGUUUGAGCACCAUUUCCAGACUCUGGAGAAUCGCGAUCAAGCUUUGGACUCCCACACCCCCGCCUCUAUCCCGAAGCACUGCAAUAUUACCAAGUUCAGAAAGGAGACUUGUCUCCAGACGCUGGCCAAGGGUCUGCUCAUCUAUUCGGUUUUACUCAAGCACGUAGAGAAGGAGUACCGCGGCAGUUUGAACUUCUCCGACGCUCCGUCAAACAUCGGCACUCUGAUCGACCUGGCCGGCAUGGUCAAAGGAAAGAUGAAAAACAGCAAUCAAGUCACACCGCUGACCAGCAGUGAGGAGGAGCAGCUUCUCAAGGAGGUCAACAGCCCUGAUCCUUACCACAGCAAGUUGAACGCCUACAGCAUCCUGAGAGCCCUCAAAGCCUUCCUGAGUGAGGGGAAAAGAGCUGUUUGUAGAAUGGAAAAGCAACUGAACCAAUCAGCAGAUACCAGUUGCUAAAAAGACGAAUAAUGCUCAAAUUACAUUCAGUUAUGAAAUAAUAACUCAGGGAAAACUGGAUGGUUUUGACACUCCUACUUUCUCAAGAUCAUAACCUCCUCUGGGUACAGCAGGCCCCACAGCAACAUACUGUGUAUGUAGAAUCACCUGCUGUGCUAUUCUUAUUUAUCUUAUUUAUAAUUGGUAGAGAUUAUUUAUUAGAGAAA